UGAUUUGUUUUGGUGCUUCAUUCAUAUUGCACCUUGGAUUUGGUGAAUUGAUUGAGGUCUGUCUGUCCUCCUGUAAUCAAGUCUUAACUUAAACCCAACCAUUCGGCUCUCCUCGGACUGGGUCCACUCCAGUGCGGAAAUACCUCUUCAAUGAUUCAUUUCUAGGUAUUGAUGGAAAAAAGAAAAAUUAAAAGAAAAGAAAAGAAGAAAUUUAUAUUUCGGGAUUAUUUUGUUUUAAUUUGCUAUGCCUAUGCGUACGUACUGUAUGCCUCAUUCUUUCUUACGGGAGAAAGAAAGUGAACAUUUUGUCCUAAAAAGAAAAAGAAAAAGAAAGGAAAAAGUGAAAUAUCAUAUAAUAUUCUACGUCUACGGUGGAAGAUGAAGGGGGAAGUCCAGUGGAAAUCGUGCAGAGGGCAGUUAUAGUUGGUAAGUGAGAAAGUACAGUCAACCAUAACCAUCAUCAGAAGAACAUUCAGAAUGGGAAAAGAAGAAGAAUACCAAGAAAGGGAAUCAAACGUCGAAACAGAUGAAGAAGAAGAAGAUGAUGAUGAUGAUGAUGAUGAUGAAGGGGAAGAGAAAUGGAGAAUGCACUACUCAUCGAGGCAUAGGAUAUUGCUGGUGGGAGAAGGAGACUUCUCCUUCUCUCUUUCCUUAGCCACCCAUUUUGGAUCUGCCCGCAACAUGGUAGCCACUUCUCUCGAUUCCCAGGAGAAGAUUGAUAGCAAGUACAGUAAUGCAAUAGGGAAUGUGAGGGAGCUUGAAGAAAGGGGAUGCAUAGUGAUUUACGGAGUGGACGCCAAGCAAAUGAGUCAACACUUCUUCCUCAGCACUCAGAGGUUUGACAGGAUUGUCUACAACUUUCCUCAUGUUGGCUUUCUCUUCCGGGAGGAUAGCUACUGCCAGAUCCAGUUGAACAAGAGGUUGGUGAAGGGUUUCCUGCAGAAUGCUAAACUUCUGCUGAAAAAAGAGGGUGGAGAGAUUCAUAUAACCCACAAGGAAGGUCAUCCUUACAACAAAUGGGAUUUAGUGAGGAAAGCACACAAGAUAGGGCUGCUUCUCACUCAAACUCUGCCCUUCCGCAAAGACGACUAUCCCGGUUACGACAACAAGAGAGCCCAUGGUACCCUUUCCGAUGCCUCUUUCCACCUUGGCGAUUGCACUACUUACAAGUUCAGGCUGCCGCCUUGUUAAUCCCCCCUCAUUUUUUAGUCUUUUAGAGCCUUGCUUCUUAGUUUCUUAUGAACAUCAAGGGGCCCCUUUCCUUUUUUAGUGUGAGUGUGAUCGACUGAAUCUAUGAAUUACAAGAUUACAAGAUGGUGUGAACA